AUGGGAUCAGUGCCGGAUGUGGCUGGCAUGUGUGCGGCAUGUCUAUGGCAUGUGUGUGGCACGUGUAUGGCAUAUGUGUGGCAUGUGUAUGGCAUGUGGGUGGCAUGUGUAUGGCAUGUGGGUGGCAUGUGUAUGGCGUGUGUGCGGCAUGUGGAUGGCAUGUGUGCGGCAUGUGGGUGGCAUGUGUGCGGCAUGUGUGUGGCAAGUGUAUGGCAUGUGGGUGGCAUGUGUAUGGCAUAUGGGUGGCAUGUGGGUGGCAUGUGGGUGGCAUGUGUGCGGCAUGUGGGUGGCAUGUGUGCGGCACGUGUGCUGGAUGUGUGUGGCAUGGGCGUUGCUUUGGAGCUCGCUAUUGAGGGCGAGGGUGCGGAGGAGGAGGAGGAGGAGGAGGAGGAGGAGGAGGAGGAGGAGGAGGAGGAGGAGGAGGAGGAGGAGGAGGAGGAGGAGGAGGAGGAGGAGGAGGAGGAGGGGGAGGAGGAGGAGGAGGAGGAGGAGGAGGAGGAGGAGGAGGAGGAGGAGGAGGAGGAGGAGGAGGAGGAAGAGGACAAGGAGGUGGAGGUAGAGGAGGAAGUGGAGGAGGAGGAGGAGGAGGAGGAGGAGGAGGAGGAGGAGGAGGAGGAGGAGGAGGAGGGGGAGGAGGAGGAGGAGGAGGAGGAGGAGGAGGAGGAGGAGGAGGAGGAGGAGGAGGUGGAGGCGGAGGAGGUGGAGGGGGAGGCAGCGGAGGAGGUGGAGGAGGACGCGGCGGAGGGGAGAGGGGCGGACGCAGCAGCAGGGGGUGGCGAGGAUGGUGGUGUUGGUAGCGGGGCUGGGACUGGGCUGUAG